CAGCGCAAAUGGGGUCAGCGUGAUGACCCGUGUUGAUGUGUGACCGCCGACCCUACCCGGUUUGUGCGAGCCCGAUGAAGCCGGCUGUGAUCUUCCUCCUGGUUAGCAAAUCCGGGGCACAGCAUGUGCAUUCAAGAGCCCGGAGGCUCAGUACUCAGCGCUCAGCGCCCAAUGAUCCGCCCGAGCCCGAAGCUCGAGAGAUGAAUAUCCUUCUGCAAGAGAUCACGUCUGGUUCUGCUUCUCUGUGGUGCCACGUGCAUUCGCAAGGCUACCCACUGACUACCUUUUCUUCGCAAGUUCUAUCAUUGAGGUUCAGUAAAGCAGCUCCUACACACGACUGAAGGUCAAGAACUCCCAAUAAGCACUUGGAUGCCCUUAAAUAUCACAUCUAAUCUUAUCCUUGGACAUUCAUUGCACAGCUUCUGCCUGUCAUCAUCUCUUAGCCGCACAGUAGUUGCAGGACCAACCCGCGUGUCGUUGAGAAGCCUAUUAGCUUGUCAGUGCAAGACUUCCGCCAACUCGAGAUUCAUUCGCCGAUGGUCGUGCUUCGGACCCACCUUUCGGCGACUACCUGGCGCACUCGUUUCUUCAUCUUGCUUGUCCCAUCUAUCACAUUUCUUCUGUACUUCUUCAACUUCCGGAGUCGUGUCGGCUCUUCCGACCUCGAGUUUGUCGACCAUGCGCCAAAGGACGCUACCCUGACAACUCUACCCAACAUCCUUCUCGUCUCUGCUUUCUUUCCGGCCUCCAAUUCCAAACAUACCAUGCGCGAAUACGAAAUUCAACUGACGGCGUUCCUCUCUCGAGUUUCCACUGAUGUGUACUUCUACGCGGGGCCUGAGAUGGAGCCUCUCAUCCGCAAGUGCCGAAGAAACCUGACGAUCACUAUCGACACAAGCUACACAUCCCCAUUUGAUACCCCGCCACUUGCAGGUCUACAGGAUCGUUAUAAAGAGAUGCGCGCUCUGGAGCGGGGAGGCUCCCGCCACUCAGCAGACCUGUAUGCCCGGCGCAACGCGAAACCGUUCUUAUUGGAUGCGGCUAUGCAGAAAAUGGCUGCGACGGGCAAGCAAUAUGACUAUGCAUUCUGGACCGACGCGGACAGUUUCCGUUCCAAUCACCGUUACUCUUCCUGGCCAGAUCCCAAACGGGUCAAUGAGAUCUGGACGCAAGGCGCACAAUUGACAAACCAGCGGCCGGAAGACCUGCUCUUCUUUCCGCUUGCCGGAGUUCCACACUCGAGCAUGCGAUUUUGGAUGCAGGAUCACGGGCCUGUGGACAGCACAUUCAGUGAAGGAUCCUUCUUUGGAGGCUCUGCAAAGACCAUCGCGUGGUGGAAACGGACAUAUUAUGCCUACCACGACCAUUAUCUGUCGCUCGGGAUGUUUGUCGGGAGCGAUCAGACCCUGGCGAAUGCUCUCCUCUUGUUAUUCCCCGAACGAGUCGUGGGUGUCUGGGCUGGCGAUCCCAACGCUGCUGGCUACAAGGAGGGACGAGGUCUGGGGGCAUGUGGAGAUGAGUGGUACUACUACCAGUUCUGGCUCUCGUCGACCCCGGAGAGAGCGGCCAUGCGUGCCGUUUUCAAGCCACACUGGUGGACAUUCAACCGGAACCGGGAAGCAUGUCACCUCGCCGAUGUCGCGGCCGUACCGGCUCUUCUACAAAGACAGUUCCGCAGCUGGAACCCGCCGAUGCAUACGAUAGAUGCAUGAGUGUACUACGUAACUUCAUAUACUUGUAUAUGGCCUCCGGCAUCGAGAAUCACAUCCUCGACUUCUGGCCUCGCUGCAACCUGAGGAUAAAAAACACGAUCACAUGCUCAUGCGGUCGCACUGCGCGUCCAAACGAAUGAUGUAAUUCCAUAUGAUGUGAACUAGCUGAGUAAAUGACGGCUCUCCCCCUCUCCCAUCCGAGGAUCGCAUGUUCAGUUUCAGCCAAUUGAGAGGCUGUGUGCGCAGCACGGCAGCCCCAUUGAAAUGUGCCGCCUCGCCUUUCCAGAGUGUUUAUUGCAUGCCAUCCACAAGCCAGAAGAAUUAAACGGGUAAGGCUUUCCCCAUCGAAUCCAGGCAACGUUCAAGCUGAAUGUCAAUCAGAAAACGCCCCGAAACCAAUGGUCGCUCGUCCCACCCAACUCCCUGUUACGACUGGGAGACUCUUCCUCUUGCUUGGCCUCUCCGUCAUACUCCUCGUUUGUCUCUCAUCGUGGCCGACGGGCGUCCCAUCGUUGGUCUCCGAAGUCGCGAUACUGGACGGCGAGAAUGCAUCGAAUGCCAGCAGUGCGAGCCUGCCCAAUAUCCUCCUCGUCUCUGCGUUCUUCCCCUUAUCCAAAUCCAAGCAUACCAUGCGCGAAUACGAAGCCUGGUUGACCCAGUUUUUGUCGCGGGUGUCGACCGACGUCUACUUCUAUGCGGCCCCUGAGAUGGAGCCGUUCAUCCGCAAGUGUCGGGGCAACUUGUCGAUUGUCAUAGACACCACGUACGCCUCCCCCUUCGAUGUCCCACCAUUAGCGGGCCUGCGGGAUCGGUAUCGAGAAAUGCACGCCCUGGAUCGAGAGGCUUUUCGACAUUCACCCGAGCUGUAUGCCGUAUGGAAUGCCAAGCCGUUUUUCUUGGACACAGCUCUGCGCCAGUCAGGCAAGCAAUAUUCGCAUGGAUUUUGGAACGACGCGGGCAGUUUCCGGUCAAACCACCGAUUCUCUUCCUGGCCAGAUCCCCGCAGAGUGGAAGAGAUCUGGGCGGAGAGCGCAAGUCUGACACAAGAGGCAGCAGAAGAUGUACUCUUUUUCCCGCUCACGGGGGCGCCGCAUCCGGACAUGCGGUCAUGGACGGAAGAUCAGGGACCUGUGGACAACGAGGUCAGCGAAGGAUCCUUCUUUGGAGGUUCUGCGCAGGCCAUAUCGUGGUGGAAACGAACGUACUACGCGUAUCACGACCACUAUCUGUCGCUGGGAUUGUUUGUGGGAAAAGACCAGACGUUGAUCAAUGCUUUGUUCUUCCUUUUCCCAGAGCGAAUCGUCGGUGUUUGGCAGGGAGACCAAGACUUUCCUGGGUACGACAAGAGUCAAGGCCUAGGGGCGUGCGGGAGCGAAUGGUACUAUUAUCAAUUCUGGCUCUCGUCUCCUGCAGAAAGAGCGGCCAUGCGCGCCAUCUUCAGGCCACAUUGGUGGUUGUUCGGUAGAGCCCACAACCCUUGCCAAGUUACCCGCCUCAUAACCAUGACCAUCACGGAAGACAAGCGACAGUCGGGACGCAAAACCAGAAAGCCACGUGAUCGUAUUUGGCACUGCCAUACAAAACUCACUCCCCAUUGCGCCAACGCGUCGCAACUGUCGAUGGCCACCUCAACCUCUGCCUCUGCUGGCAUCGGCGCGACAGGAACUAUCCGUGCUAUCACAAAUCCACUUCGAAGCACCGCACCAUCGCCCAUUCCCGCCGCCUCUCAACUAUAUGAACCUCUGGCCAAAGAAGUUCUUCGCCGACGUUUGUCGACCCAGAUCUUGCCCUACGCGUUAGUCGUGUCUAUCCUCUCGAAUCUCAUUUGGCUCGGGUGGUAUGGACUCUUUGGAUUUGGGCCACUCUUAGGCGCGUCGCUCUUGGUGUGGACACUGGCGCUUGUCCCCAUCGUACUCUUGAGGAAAACCUAUCUAACUGUCUCACACACCGGCGCGCCCUCUCCCCUUGCGCUACUCCAAAAAUCUUUCUCUGUGCCUUUGAGGCCUAGGACGUUUGAUGCUUUGCGAACGCACAUGUUGUCCGCAUUUGCUAUCCUCGCAGCGCACGUCAUCUUCGAUCCCAAAAUGCCGAUGUUUGUCAAGUCGCGGUACGGGGAUACUCUUUACAAAACGUGGCAACUAACGAGUAGUAGCAAGCAUCCAUACACACCUCAUCCAGUCUUAGUUCUGCUCGUCCUCACCCAGAGUGCACUAGCAGUGCUAUACGUGCUCCGAUCCCUUCUUCGAGAUGUCUGGGUAUUCCCUUUCAGACGAUCCAGCACAGAGCACUCUCUCGGCAUCGUAAUCGCUCCUCUGGUGCUUUCUUUUGCCGCAUUGCCAUUAGCUUUGGUCGUUCUGUUUGUUCUGAUACCCAUCCUUCGCUAUCUUCCUCUCGUGUCUUUGCCUUUGCGUCUUGUGAGGCACCCCCAUGCGAGCAUUCUUCGAUACACGGGGCGUGCCUGGUUUCUGGGCAUCCAGACUGCAGCGCUCUGGGAAGGCACAAUUGCCAUCUGGGGUUGGGUUAUUCGUGAACCGAUACGAACGACGUCAGAUAUUCGAGCAUUAGUGUCUGGCCUGUCCAUCGCAUCUUCCUCCGCACCGUCUCUUUCUUCAGCGACGUCGUCUGCGUUCUCCACCGCUGCGCGCCUGUCGGCAUUCGCCUCAUCCCCCGUGCCAACAUCUUCCGGUCCACCACUAUUCCCGAGAGAGCCGACAAUAUACACCCAUCUUGCGUAUUCGGAACUAUUAGCACUGUCCUCGCCGGAUCAAGACGAUGGGAAGAAAGCUCGAGCGGAUAUAUUCGAUGUGGAUGGAAUGAUGUGGUCACGCCUGGUCCGGGAGGCCCUGCUCUGUGUAGGACGCGAGUAUCGCGUGCUAGUUGACAGAGGUACCACUCCGGCUGUCCCAUCGUCACCCAAUCCGUCGGUUGCCGCACCUCCCCCAAAAGCCAUCACUCCAGGUGCUCCCAACUUCGAAUCGCCCGUCAAAACCAUGCCCUUGCUCAAGCAGAACAUAUUUGCCAAGAACGCGCCGACAUCACCAGGUGCGCGACUCGGUGAUGCACUUGCAAGUGAGGCUGUGAUCGAGGGCUUGGUUGCACCAGUUAUCGAUAUCUUGCCCGUGCCAGAUAUCAGGCUACCUGAGUGGGGUCAGUACACUGCUGUCCCAGCGUGGGCACAAAGCGGCGUUGAAAGCGUGCGAAGAAUUACGGGGAAUGGAUUCGUGGGUGCGCUGCCCGACGCAUGGAAAGUGUCCCGAAAAGGCAAGGAAGUGCGGGGAUGGGUCCCUCGCUCGGAAGUUGUUGCAGAGGCAAUUAUAUUACUCACAGACCUAACUUGCGCGUCUCUCACUGAAGAUCGAUUUGGAACUGUCCAGCGGGACAUUCCGAAGAUUUUGGAAGCCUUCGUUCUUUUCCUGGGGGAAAUUGACGCAGUGAAGGCUGCUAUGCGAGCACACCAAGAGAUGGCAGAUCCGGCAGAUUUGGAAGAGGCAGCAGCCGCUUUCGGAGAUCUCGACGACGCUUUGAGGGAAGGUCUUGCACGCAUCGUCCGAACAUUCGGCACCAACCGUUUACGCGCUUUUCGAUUUGCACCUCGUGUGGCAAUAAAGGUGCAAGAGUUUGCGGACUUCAGUGCAUAGUAUGGCUGUAUUGGAAUCUCGAUGUUCGUUCAGCAGUCUGGCUUGUUGGAGAAACGAAGCACCAUAAAUCUUGAUACAACCGCUGCAGUCUGGAUACUGAUAGCCUACUUUCUCUUCCCUUUCGUGCGCUUCUUCGGAGCUGUAAUGCUCUCUGGAAGCCACUCAUUAGCGGAGUCUGUUUCUGAGUCUUUGGCAAUGGCAGCCGUAGAAGACUUGGUUUUCGAGGGACGGCUCGUUUCAGAUUUAGCGGGUAACGGAGCAACUGUCUCUCCACGCUCCUCAGCGUCCAUUCGAGCUGAUGCUGCAGCAAUCUCUUCUGGACUAACAUCCUCUCCUCGCUGUAUGCGCGCCAUGAUUUCGGGUGUGACG